CUUUUUUUAUUAUAAUUUAUAAUGUUAUUUUAUAUUUUUAUUCUUUUUUACUUUAAUUAAUUAUUAAGAAAUUAUUAUUUUAUCAAUGGAAACAAAAAUUAUACUCGCAUUCAUAUUUUCCGCGGUCGCCAUACUAGUUUUACAUUCGAGAUUUAUUUCUAUGGUCAUAGAGUGAAUGCAAACAUUGCACUUGAUUGUAUAGCAUCUACUGUUCGUACCGGUAGAGAGGUUAGGAACAUUUUAAUGUUCUUAACAUAUCACUUUUUGUAAUAUUAUUUGUACGAAUUUGACAUACACAUUUUUUUAAGCAUGCGAUGACGACUCUCAAUCAUUUUCGAAGAUCUGUCAGAGCUGUCCAAUUUUUACAACCACAUAAGAACAAUGUUUAUGUUAAUAAUUUCAGAUUAUUCUUGCGAAAUGAAUCGAGUUUUGUACCAAAACGAAUACUUAUUGUAGUAAAGUUAUCGCGAUAUUAUUUUGAAAAAAUACGAGAACCAAAUUUGAAUGAAGAACAAUUCAAACAGAAAUUAAAAGAAAGAGGUUCUGAUUAUGAUUCUAUGAUGAUUAGUCAUUUAGCAACCGAAAAUGUAAAAAAAAAAGUAACCGAAAUUUUAAAAAAAUUGAAUAUAGAAUAUAAACUAAUAAAUAGGAAAAAUUUAAAAGCUUCGAAUUUUGCUUGGGCGGAUUUAAUUCUUCCAAUCGGUGGCGAUGGUACAUUUUUAUUGGCAUCAAAUAUGAUAUUUGAUAACAAAAAACCAAUAAUUGGUAUUAAUUCAUGUCCGGAAAAAUCCGAAGGAUAUCUUAUGUUACCAAUGAAAUAUACAGAAAAUAUAUCUGAAAUUUUCGAAAUGUUAAGAGCAGGUUAUUAUAAGGUAAUAAUGAGACGGAGAAUUCGUACUACGAUAAAGGGAGAUAAUAUUUGGGAUGUUCCUUUUCAUACACACGAAAAAGGUCGCAUUGCAGAUGGAGAAAAAUUUUAUAUGCGAGAGCAAAAUGAAGUAUCAAGUAAUUUACCAAAAGUAAGGCGUUUGCCUUGGUUAGCAUUAAAUGAAGUAUUUAUAGCAGAAACACUUUCUGCUAAAACAAGUUCAUUGCUUAUAAGUAUUGACGAUGAAAAUAAAUAUCAUUUAGUGAAAAGCUCUGGUUUAUGUAUUACUACAGGAACAGGAUCAACAUCAUGGUAUAAAUCAAUAAAUAGCGUUAAUCCGCAAAUAGUACAAGAAAUAUUGACUCUUUUAAAUAACGAGAAGCAAUUUACUAAUGAAGAAAUUGAUAAAAUCUGUUCUACUUUUAACAAUAGCUUAUAUUUUGAUGCAGAGGAAUCAAAAUUAUGUUAUGUUGUAAGAGAUAUGAUAGUAAAUGAUCUGUGGCCUGUACCAAAAUGUAUUCAUCACCGAAAAUUUUGUAAUAAGUUAACAGUAAGAUCACAGUGUUAUGAUGCUAGUAUAGUUCUCGAUGGUGGCAUAGCGAUACCGUUUAAUUUUGGCGCUACAGCAAUAAUGGAAACUUAUCCUGAAGAUUCUUUGCGAUCUUUAGUCCUAGAUUAACGAGUGACUUAUUUCUAUAAAAAUUCUAUUAACUUAGAUUAAGGAAUUAAGGGAUUAAGAAAACUAUCAAUACUUUUAAUGCGUUAAAGAUUAAAAAAAUGCAAGGCAGAAUAUUAUUUUUGUACUUUAGAAUGUUUUGGAAUUUUGUAAAACAUAUUUAAUUUGAUAUUUAUAUUAUGCACAAUUACAGAUUAUUACAAUUUUAUUAGAAUUUGCAUUUCAAUAGUCAGAUCAUUAAUAGUUUUGCAUUUCACUGUUUUUAUGAUCUCAUUGUAUCGAGCAAGUUUAUUAUAACUUGA